AUGGCAGCGUCCAGCACGGCGUGGUGCUGGGAAGCCAGCAGCCGUGCGGGCGAUUGGAUCCUGGACGCUUCCGAUCCCGCCGCCGCGGGCGCGACGCCUGUGCUGGUGGUGCCUGCUGGCGGCGCGCAGGCGGCCCUCUCCGCGCUGCCGCCGGCCGCGCGGCGAUGGGCGGACGCGAGCGGCGCCAAGUGGGGUGGCAAGUCUGGGGAGCUGCUUCUCGUGCCCGGGCCUGAG